AUGAGAUUUUACUCUUCAGCAUCCAGUUUGCAAUCGUGGUAUGAAAUAUAUGAUAUUUCUUUCAAGAAACAGUGGGGAAAGAUGGACUGUCUCCAAAUGUCUAAUGGUGGUAGUGGUGGUAUGAUUGUUCUUUGUGCCUUAAUUGUGGCUGCUUCUGCGGUUUCCAAACCCAAUGCCUACAAGUCCUCUAACAGUCGGCCUGCGGCUUCUCAUAGUUCCGCUUCCAGUGAUGAUGCCCAUGCCCAAGUAAACUCUUUCUCCUCGGAUGUUCGUGAAGAUGGCUUCCAAUAUGCUUUCGAUACCAGCAAUGGCAUACAGGCUGCUGCCUCUGGUGCCGCUCAAGGUGACAUCAAAGGUGACUUCAGUUGGAUUUCUCCCGAGGGUGAACAUAUUUCUAUUCAAUAUGUGGCCGAUGAGAAUGGCUAUCAACCCCAGGGAGAUUUGUUGCCCACUCCACCACCAAUUCCAGAAGCCAUUUUGAAAUCUUUGGAAUAUCUUCGCAGCCAUCCCAGUUCGGAGGAUUCUAAUCAAGGCCAAUACUCGAGCCCUGUUAGAUCUAUUGCCUCGAAACCAGCCAAGAAAUUUGGCAAACGUUUUUAA